CUACAGAUCGCGUGGACAGUCCAGCAGGUCUUCGUCGUGCCCUACCUAUCGUCACUCGGCGUACCAGACACCCAGAUGCCCAUCUUCGUCAUGUCGGGGCCCUUGGCAGGACUCGUCAGCCCACCCAUCUUUGCGGCCCUCAGCGACGUCUAUCAUGGCGAGCGCAAGCCGUUCAUCUUCCUCGGCGGCCUGGGCACCAUCGUUUUCUUCCAGCUCCUUGCCGCCGCUCAACCUCUCGCAGGACUGUUGACCCACGGCCGCAGCGAAACGGCAACGACGCACAUCAUCGCCGGACUGAGCAUUUACGCCCUCAACUUUUCUAUCCUGCCGCUGCAGAUGGGCCUCCGCGCGUCCGUGGUCGAUCAUUUUGGCCCGCACCAACAACCCAACGCAAGUUUGUGGAUAAGCCGCUUUUCAGUCCUGGGUUCCAUC